CUAUUCCUUCCUUCUCCUCCCCUCCCCUUAACCAUUUCUUUUUCUUUAUUCUUACUUGCUUCAUAAUUUCUCUCACUACAAUUUUUUUAUUAAAGAAAACAGGAAAUCAGCCUAACUCCAUAGAGAACCUUCCUGGGACGCAGCCUGCAAGAAAAAUCACAACUUUUAUAAUUUCCGGUAUUCUUAUUGGAAUUUGAAGGUCAACAAUCUCUCUCUUGAGUUGAAACGUCCUGGGGGAAUCUUAGUUUCGUGUUUGAGAUAGAUGACAGUCAGAUGAAAAAAACUUCUACAACCCUCAUUUUCUUCUCACCUUCCUUCCUUUUCUUAUUCUCUCUCAAAUUUGCUAAUUUCUUCAACCCCAUCUUUUCUUUGGAACAAACAACUUCUGCUAUCGCCUUCUAAGCAGUGGUUAAUUUUUUUUGUUGUUUUUUUCAUCUUCUUCGUCUGAGUAGACUACUAUACCCUUUUGCCAUUACUCUUCCUGUUGCCUUGAUUUUUCUUUAUUCCCUAGAUCCAUCCAUCCACAGACGCUAAAGAUAUCUUUUUGCCAAUUAAAUUAUGGAUUUUGGGUCAAACAAACAAGGAUUUGUUGAAGAAGAUCAGAUUCAGAUGGGUAAAGCAGCUAAACUUCAUUUCUCAUACUCUUCUUCUUCCUCUCCAUCAUCUUCAUCUUCUCAGCAUCACUACAAAACCCCGUUGCUUCCUCGUAGAAACAACAGCAGCAGAUGGGAAGCUCGCCACCAGAUGGGUUCUUCGUUGUGCCCAUUCUAUCAAGAAGAUCAUAACAACUCAAGGUCAAAUGAAGAAGCUAUAUCAACAAAGCUUGAUCUCAUGGAAACAUCCCAAACAAACAUGGAUAGUGCAAGUGUUAGCAUCGAGAAGGAACACAUGUUCGAUAAAGUUGUCACUCCAAGUGAUGUGGGUAAGCUAAAUCGUUUAGUCAUCCCAAAACAGCACGCCGAAAAGUAUUUCCCCUUAGAUUCUUCCACAAAUGAGAAGGGUCUACUCUUGAAUUUCGAGGAUCGAAAUGGAAAACCAUGGAGAUUUCGAUACUCUUACUGGAACAGCAGCCAAAGCUACGUCAUGACAAAAGGUUGGAGCCGUUUUGUCAAGGAUAAAAAACUUGAUGCAGGAGAUAUAGUGUCGUUUCAACGCGGAGUUGGUGAGUUGGGUAAAGACCGUCUUUAUAUUGACUGGAGGCAAAGACCAGAUGCCACUGAACCGCUCCCUACGUUUCCUCUUCAACACCACCAUCACUUGUCUUUCAACCGCUCCAUUCCUUGGAGUUCUUUACUAAUGAGGCCUCCAAUCCCGGGAAUUCCAAGGGACCACUCGCACUUGUCACAAAUCAAUAAUAACUUUAAUCGGAAUUGCUACUAUAAUGACGGUUAUGGCAGUGGUAAUGUUGCAAACCCUUGUUCAAUGGGGUCAAUUCUCUACGUGAGAUCACAGCCUGCUCAUGUAAACCCACAAGUGCAAAUAGGAAUGGUGGGGUUGCAACAGCAGCUGCAGCAACAUCAACAACAGCAUCCAAUGGUGUUUAAUUCUGUGCCGGUGGUCCAAGGGAAGGCGGCAGCCAAGAGGUUGAGACUGUUUGGCGUAAACAUGGAGUGCCCCUUGACGGAGUCGGAUGAGUGUGACAUAUUGUCUUCAACCACAAUGACAAUUCACCAGCCUUCUCAGAUAUCUUCAUCAUCACAAUCUCCUCUCCAAUUAAAGCUUUAUAAUGGCACCCCACCCAAUUCAAACAGCAACUAGCUUUCCAGCAGCUCCCAUCGACUUUCUCAACAAAAGGAAGGCUUCCAUGUCUUUUGAUUCAACAUCAUCAAUCUAAUACAAUAUCUCUUGAGGCUGAAGAAGAAGAAGAAGGAAAUGGAAAUGGCUAAGACACGUUGUUGCUCUUGUCGCUGCUUCGUUGGGCACGCCUUCAGUUUUUGCAGACAACUUGCCAGAGCUUUAAAUGGUAGAAUUCACUGAACUUUGCUCAACUCCUUUUGUUUAACUUUGAUUCUUGCUCCCCUUCCUCAAUUCCAUAAAUACCUUUUUAUCUAAUAUAUAAAAUUUUCCAUUUUUCUUUAUAUAUAUGUUGCCUUGGCGGGCUCUAUAUUAUAAUCAACCUGUUCUUCGUCUGUAUUCACUGCAUACAUAAUAUCAUUAAGUGCUGUUUCGCUGAAAUCAUAUAUGGCUGUGCUUCUCCUUAAUUUGUCAGUCCUACCUAGUUAGUAGAUAUCUAUAAUCAUGCACAAGAGUAAAUGUAAUGCUACUGCUAUUUAGCUGGAAUGGCUAAUCACUUUUUAAACAGAUCACCAGUCUAAACUUUUGGCUUUUCUUUCAGGAUGGAUCAAUUUCUUAUGUAGGAUUCCCUAAUUGUUGUAAAGAGUAGAAAUCAUUCCAAAAUUUUAAGUUUCUUACCAGUGAUACAAAUAUAUCAACAGUGUCCUCUAAAAGUUGGCCAUUUUUCUUUUGUUCAUCACCAUACCAAUUCCUACACUGUUCCAGAUAUUUGUUCUUUAAACAGGAGAAUUGUUUAAUUAUAGCAUAAACAGGUGAUAUAUAAAGGUCACUGUUCAGUGCCCUACAAAGUUUAUCAUCACAAAGAUUGUUCUAUAUUUUUCUAUAGAGUUAACCGGUUUCAUAUACAUAUGUAUAUAUUGAAUAGCAGGUGAGACUAAAUUUCCAUUAAUAAUUAGUACAAGUUAUUAUUUCCUUUCCUUAAUGAUUUGUUUUCUUUUAUUCCAAGUAAUCGAUGUAGAGCCAAUAAUAUAUAUAUGAGGUUUGUUGUGAGGUGUUUUGGAGUUAUAAUCAUCAUGCAAAUAUGCAAUAGCAUAAUUAGAUCCAAUGUAUGUUUAAAAGCAUCAGAGAAUUGGAAUGAGUACAGAAAGUUGAGACAAGUUGAAAUCGGUGGUGUCAUGAAUUAUGCUUUAAUUGUUUGAUAUUAGAUUAUAAUGUCAUAAUUAAUUACCAAAUAGCAAUUGAGUGUGUGUGAGUGUGACUACUAUCAGUUUUGGAAAACAUGUUCGUAUCAGAAAUUUACAAUGAUAUUUGAUGAUGUUGUCACUGUUUAAUCAAGCUAUUUCAAAGCUAAUCUUCAUGGAGUGGAGAUAGAGAUGUGGAGGGGAUGCAUGAAAUGAUUGACAAUAUUAUUAUUCAUAGAUACCGAGCUACCAUAUCAAUCGCUAUUGGAUCUUCACUUAUAAAAUACCAUUUAAGAGCAAGGAUGGAUUCGAACAACAUUCCAGUCAGGAUGCUACAUUCAACUAAACAACCCAGAUGUGGAGUAAGGCAAAAAACAUGAGCUGAAAUCAUAUAAGCAGCAAAUGGAAUUAAGAAGAGGUGGACACCAUUGCUACAUCACUUGAUCAAUUCUCUUAUCUUCUAUUCAUCUCCAUCACUCAGUUGAACAUAAUGAAAUGCAUGCAAUAGAAAUAGAAAUAGGUUGGUCCCUGGCGCCUUCUUUUAUAAUUGUAAGGCUAUGAAUAGCAUCUAGAGAAGAAAGGGAGACACAUCGCUUUCAGCGGUGUUUAUGAGUGUAAUUAGUAGUCGGAAAAUAGCCCAGACUGCCUUAACAUUAUCUUUUUUCACAUGCUUCCUUCUUUACUUUCUUUUAUAUAUUUAUCCAACCAUGUGAUUGUGAA